AUGGGUACGAUUGAAGUGCCGUUAGCUUCGUUGAAGUCUGUUUUGGAGGUGGUCAAGUUCCAGAACAUUCAUUUUAAAAGUUUGGAACGUUUCGCCAAGAAGCAGGUAUGUUCUGAGAGUAAUAUGAUAUGUUGUUGUUAAGUAUAAAUAAUGUUGUUGGUGCGCUAGCUGCUUUCUUUUAGAGUAUGAUGAUCGAAGAAAUGAAAACUGAAAAGCUGAAACUUCAGAAAAGAAUCAGAACGUUGGAAAGGUGAGGUUAACAUUAAAUAUAGCUCAAUACUGGCUUUUGUAGUGAAAACGAGAAACUCGUGGACUUGGAGCCGUUCGUGGAUAAACUGAAGGAGUUGAACAAGAUUAUGCAAUUCCAAGCUCUGCAUAUCAAAAGCUUGGCCAAGAAUGCGAGUCGAAAGGAGAACAUUGUCAAGAAGUUGUCAGUUCAGGUCGAGGAGAAGGUGAAGAGCAACAACUCUUUGUUGAAGUAGGUAAAAUGGCAGUCGGAUAAGUAAUCAGAGUGUGUGCUGUUUCUAGAGAAGUCGAAACCUUGAAGAUCAGUAGCCAGUUUCACAAAGGCGAGCUCGAGAAGUCUCAGGGAAAGUGUUGCGAGCUCGAGAGGAAGAUCGAAAAGCUGAAACAGUAGGUUAAUAUUGUUUUAUGUUAUAUCAUAUUGAUUGCUGGCCUAUAUGUCUUCUUAAUACGUUAGUAUUGUCGGAAAGGUUUCCGCUUAUUUAUGUUGUUUUAGAGAAAUCCACAAUCAGAACAUGAUGUCUGGGAGUUUAAAUCCGAUGCAAACCAGCUUUAUCCCUGGACUGGAUACUUCUGUCUCGCACAAUGAUGUCUCGUUUUGUCUUACAAAUGUAAGUUCUAAAUUGUUGAAUUUGUUUUCUUUAAAGUUUUCGACAUAUUUUUAAACGGUAUACCUAGAUGUUACUUGUCUUUUUUUCAGCAAAGAAACACGAACAACGCUCAACCGUCAGACUUUGUCAUGAAUGGCACAAGUGUAGGUGAUUUUAACUUUUAUUGUAAAAAUUAAACUUUUAAUGUACUGUAGCAUUUUAUGUUAUCGUUACUGAAAUGCUAUGUAACGUAAAGUCAUUUUUAUAGAGCAUGGUAUCCUCGAUUCCGGAUCAGUCGAACGAUUCCUUCUGUUUCUUGCCAAUGUUCCAGAACUCUCGAUCUACUAACUUUAUUUCGGACAGGUAAGUUUACUAUACAAUGUUAUAUUACCAUUUGCAAUUUGUUAUGUUACAUGAUCUAAAUGAUAUUGAAAAUGACGUUUUAGUGGUGAGAAGAUGCCUCCGCCAAAAGAAACGUCGAAAAGAAGGAACAAUGUGGAGCUAAAAGACGAUUCCAGCUUCAAACUGUUGACGACUAAACCGAGUAGCAGGUGAGUAGUUAUAACUGGGGGGCUAUUUAUGUGCUAUGUCUACUACGUUAUGACGAUUUAUUUGAUUUUAGAAACACCUCGCUGCUUGCAGACUCCAUGUUCACUCCGACCAAUCAGAUGGAGCCCACCGUGCUGGCUUCGUUCGAUUCUUCUGGCCGUCGUCGAACCCCGACCAAGUUCUCUACACCUCUGAUGCCUGGAGAAGUUACUUCACGUCGGAUUCUGAGCCCUUUCAUCAGUGCUCUUGACUCUUGA